CUUAUUUUUCAUUUUCACAAAUAACAUGAAUUAUAAAUCAGCAUGUAAUAGAGACUCAGUAUUGGUUAAAUGAAUAAAUGCAUUUUUUCAAAAUUUAUUCACUAAAUAGUUCAUACUUAUAUCAUAAUCAGUGUAUAUACGACCUAUAAGAAUGUUCUUUAGCCCUCCUUUUAUCAAUAUCAUAAUAGCCAUGUAUCUAACAAAAAUGUCAGUAAGCUAAGCACAUUUCUUAGGUUAGACAUACUGGGUUUUCAGUGCAGAUAUGUUUAAUAUAUUAGGAUUUUUUUCCAGUUUUUUUUCUUACCUGAAUCAUUAGAUUUAAAUGUAUAUAUUCUAAACAAAACAAUCAAAAAUGGGCAAUGUUGGUAUAUAUUAGAUUGUCAAGUCUUUUACUAUGAUCAUAGAUUCCAUGAGGGCAGAGCUCUUGUAUUUUUUUCUGUGCCUAUCUUCUAAUGCCAAGUUUAGUGCAUUUAUCAUAUGGCAUUUAAAAAAAAAGUUUGUUGGUUCAAUAUAAGCCUCAUCUCCCUUGUUCCACCAUAUACUCCAUGAUAAAAAAAAAAGCCUUUGGAUUUUAUGAAUCUUCCCUAGUGUAGUGUAGCACACGAUAGGUACCUAAUAUAAGAUUGUUGAAUGAAUCGAAGGUAUUCAAUAAAUGUUUGCUGUUGAAAGAAUGUACAAUUAAUAUUCGUCAUUCCAAUAUUGUUACCUGAGAUUAACUUUCAGUUGUAAAAUCAGUUCAAUUCACCAUCAAAUUCAAUUCUACAAAUGUUUAUUGUAUCCUAGUACCUCUAAUUAUUAAGCUCACUUUUCAAGCCUACUUGCAUCAAUCUUGAUAAAAUACUGCUCUUUAUUUGUAUUUGGCAUCAGGGACUCAAACAUUUUUUCUAAAUUUAAAAAUACCAUCCUUUGGUUCAAAAUUUCCCCCAAGCAAUGAGAGAAUUGUUAUGAUUUAGACUUUCCUCCCUAAAAACUGAAAUGUAAUUGACCUUUCAUUCCUAAAAAAAGUAAGUCUAAAUGGCACCUUAAUAUGUUGCUUUAAAUGUAAGAUGCCAAACACUAAAGUUUUUAUAUUUUUAUCACAUUUUUGAAGCAGCAAAACCAAGAGAACAUGGGGCCAUGAGGAAUCUCGAUUUUCCAUUCUCCAUGAAAGGAUUAAAAAAAAAAUAAGUAGUUACUCUGGACUAUGCUGUUGUCUCAAACUAUCUUCAAAUUAGGUUUCUAAACAUUCUUUUCGAUGUGAAGUAAAUUUAAUUUGCACAUUUGGGGGAGUAAAAAUGUACUGUCUUCUUUUAUUUGUUUUAGCGUUUCCAGAUAGUGAUUGCUGCCAGAACCAGAGGAAACGUGUCUCUGGAGUCAUGCACUGGCACCAUCACAGUAAACAUCCAGAAUGUUAAUGAUGAGAUUCCAGUCUUUGUAUUCUGGAGUGAUUACAAUUUCACAACCAUUGGAUUAUGAUGAUCCUGCCAUUCCACAUUUUUGGAUAUUAAAAAUCAGAGCUUAUGACAAUGAUCGGGUGCAUUCUACCACUGGAACACUAACUGUCAUUUUACAGGAUGUAAAUGAUAACCCACCACAGUGUACUCAGGACCGUUAUGUAAUUGAACUUCCUGAAAAUCCACUUGAAACUCGUUUAGUGUCUUUAAUUUGUACUGAUAAGGAUGGAACGGAUCCCAAUAAUAACAUCACUUAUCACUUGAUCGUGGACAAAUUUUCAAAUGAAAUAUUUACCCUCACCAACAAUGAAAUAAAACCGUGUGAUCCUCUCUCCUGUCAGCUCUCUGUCACUCUGGCAACCAUCAUAUGUUCUUAUCAUGUGUCCUAG